AGUAGUUUGUUUCAGUUAGCGCUAUUGUGCCUUUGUGGACUGAGCUGGAAGACGCGUCGUCGUGUCCCGGAUAAAUAUUUGAGCUGUUGAAGUAACAAUGUCUGGAUCUGACAGUUUGAGAGAGUUGAUCAUCGAGCGAUUAACUGCUGCUGCUGAAGAAAUAUUCGGACUCUUUGAAAGAACUGUCGUCCAGUACGAGGAAGAGAUCGAUCGUCAGCGCAGACUGCUGGAUAUCAGCAGGAAACCUGAGAUAAAGUUACACAGAACAGACAUGGAUAACAUAGCCACUUUUGUUAGAGAAGCACUACCAAUGUGUAGCACGCCAACUACACUGCAACCCAUUAUGGAUGUCCUCAAAGACAUUGGGGUGGAAACGCUUGACGAUAUGCGGCUCAUCCAGAUCAAUGACCUUGCAGACGUGCUCAGACCCAUUCAAGCAAGGAAGCUUAUUGCACAUAUUAAAAGUGUCUUCUCAGCUCAGACUGAUGCAGUUUCAAGCAUGGAGGACGAUGUCAUGAGCACACCCCAAACUCCAGAAACACUGCGGGUCACUACAAGCCCAAGCAUACCCUUUACUUCUGGAAGCCCAGGCACACCUAAAACUACAGAAACACCCUUUCGAACCUCAUUUGGAAGCCGCAUCUCCUCUCCAUUUAGUAGUGAAUGGUCUAGUCCCAUUACACAACUGGGCAGUGACUGGCACUACAGUUUUCAAGUCCCUUGGAACAUGGUGCCAGCUGUUGUAAGGGAGAAAUUACACAAUCAAGAGCGGCCCACAGCCAGAGAAAGGAGGGAAGUGAUCCGCAUUAUUGCAGCUGAAAUUCUGGCCACUUGCAAGACGCCAGCGAAGAAGCACCUAAGUGAAGUUGCGCGGAAGAUGGUCCUAGAAUAUCCAAAGUCCUUCACAGACAUCAUAGAAGGUGAAGUCAUUGGAAGCGGCUAUGAUUCUCUAACAAAACAACUUCAGUGCAGAGUUGAUAACUACAAGAGAAAUAAGACGCUGGGCAAGAAGAGGAGCAUCCCAGAUGACAUCAGCACUGUUCCAGAAAAUAAGAAGCAACAGAAAGACUCCUAUGGUUGUAUUCAGUGGGAAUCUGGACCUGUGAACGUGGAAGCACAGAUGAAGAAGAAAAAAGACAUGCAAAAAAUGUUCCUGAAAAAUGAGAGGAAUGAAAAACAAAUAGAACAGUUAAUCUCAGACACCUUCAUAUCUCAGAGAAAUGACAUAAUGUCUGGUAAGGGCACCCGGGCCCUUACUGAAGAAUGGCCUCUCCUCUUCUCGCUCGUUGGCAUGAAGACACACUUCAAACUCUUGACUGGUGUCCACAUCAAUGAGGAAUUCGAGGAGGCCAUGGCCUCAAAAUUGGCCACAGUCCUUGAAUAUUUCCAGUCUCUUCCAUGUGAGAAAACAAGUGUAGCUGCAAAAGAGAGAGCAGAGAUCCAAGCUGGAGGUGGACCCUGUGGGGCAGUAUUGAUGCUACUUUCACACUUCAAAGAGGAUCGUGCAAGAAUGUUUCACGUGGUCGACAGAACAUGCAUCGCUGUGGAGGUUGAUAGAGAACACCUGCCACCCACACCAUGCAUUGUUGUAUGUGGAGAGAGUCCAUUGUCUGCAACAGCUUUCAUGGUGGCAGCGGACCAGGAGGUGAUGAUGGAUAACUUGAAGAGCUUCACCGACGCACUGGUUGGCAUGUUCAUGUGUUUCUACAUCUUCAACAUGCACUACCCAGUGGAACUUGGGGCCACAAUGGAGUUUCUUCAAAGGUCCAUCUUUAAGAUCAAUCCUGACAAGGGUUCCAAAGUAGAGCGCCAGGAAAAGAAGAAGAGCAAUGCAGUUAACCCCAAAGUCCUGACCCUUAUCAACCGCAUUGCAGAGUUUGAAUGGAGUCCCUAAUGGCAGCAGGAAGAACUUCUGGAAAAGAUCCAGACAGAUCCAGAAGUCAGGAACCCCAGGAAACUGCCAUCCUGACCUUCCUGAAGGUGUUAAAAGUUCCUGUUAAAAGUUCCCAAGUUUGUCAAUUUUUGAAUUCUGCUACAUGUUGACACAGUUAACUUUUUUUUUUGCAGAAUUUGUAGUAUGGGUUUAUUUAAUUUUUUUGAAAAUUGUUAAGUCAGUUCUGUAUGUCAUGUUAUGAUUUCUUUUUGAAUUCUACAUUAUGUAUACAUACAGUUAACGAGAUUCAUUUUCUCUCCACCAAAGUUUCUGAUUGUGUUCAAAUUGUAGGCCUCCCCUUGGACAAACCCUGACUUUUUAUGUGAACAUUUGACUUUGUUUCAAAAUGAAUUAAUGAAUUAAAUGUGUUCAUUAAUAUGGA